GUACACCAUCACCAAGUGGCUAAAUACCCCCCCGGCCCAGCACUGUCAGGUGAUUGUCUCCUGUUGGAGUAAGAAAGGAUAUCCGAGCUGAAAAUGUGUGACGACGAAGAAAGCACUGCCCUGGUGUGUGACAAUGGAUCUGGACUGUGUAAGGCAGGCUUCGCCGGGGAUGAUGCUCCCAGAGCGGUGUUCCCUUCCAUAGUGGGACGUCCCAGACAUCAGGGAGUGAUGGUAGGAAUGGGGCAGAAAGAUAGUUACGUUGGUGAUGAGGCGCAAAGCAAGAGGGGAAUCCUGACUCUCAAGUACCCCAUCGAGCACGGAAUCAUCACAAACUGGGACGAUAUGGAAAAAAUCUGGCAUCACUCUUUCUACAACGAGCUCCGUGUGGCUCCAGAGGAACACCCCACUCUGUUGACAGAAGCCCCACUUAAUCCUAAAGCCAACAGGGAGAAGAUGACCCAGAUCAUGUUUGAGACCUUCAAUGUUCCAGCCAUGUAUGUAGCUAUUCAAGCAGUGCUGUCUCUCUAUGCUUCUGGACGCACAACAGGCAUUGUGCUGGACUCUGGUGAUGGUGUCACCCAUAACGUACCCAUUUAUGAGGGCUACGCUCUUCCACAUGCCAUUAUGCGUUUGGACUUGGCCGGCCGUGAUCUCACUGACUACCUCAUGAAGAUCCUAACUGAACGAGGCUACUCAUUCGUCACCACUGCUGAAAGAGAAAUCGUCCGUGACAUCAAGGAGAAGUUGUGCUACGUGGCUCUGGACUUUGAGAAUGAGAUGGCCACCGCUGCCUCUUCCUCCUCUCUGGAGAAGAGCUAUGAGCUUCCCGAUGGACAGGUCAUCACCAUUGGCAAUGAGAGGUUCCGCUGUCCUGAGACGCUGUUCCAGCCGUCCUUCAUCGGGAUGGAAUCUGCUGGUAUUCAUGAAACCACCUACAACAGCAUCAUGAAAUGCGACAUUGACAUCCGUAAGGAUCUGUACGCCAACAAUGUGCUGUCUGGCGGUACCACCAUGUACCCGGGCAUUGCAGACAGGAUGCAGAAGGAGAUCACUGCUUUGGCUCCCAGCACCAUGAAGAUCAAGAUAAUCGCUCCACCUGAGCGCAAGUACUCAGUAUGGAUCGGCGGCUCCAUCCUGGCCUCUCUCUCCACCUUCCAGCAGAUGUGGAUCAGCAAGCAGGAGUAUGAUGAAGCCGGACCCUCUAUUGUGCAUCGCAAGUGCUUCUAGACGACACCUCCAGCCCCCUCCUGGUCCCGUAAUUCUGCUAUUGCUUCAUAGCCUGUAAACUGUGAACCUGCCCUUUAUUUCCCUCUAUUGUAUUGUCUUUGCACUGCCCACUUCUGUUUGAAUGUUCUGAUCUAAUUAUGUCAUGACCAUAUAGAGGUGUUUUCGGUUGGGUUAUUAAGCUUGAACGUGCUGCCAAUAAAGAAGAUUGGGGGGAUUUUUUUUAGGGUGGUGAGACUCCAGAGAUGAGGAGAGCGUGUUAUUCUUCCUAUUGUGUUUAAAUGCUACGAGGAAACACAACUGCAUGUCGGCUUUCAGGCAGUCUGUUUGGAUUUCAUAUGAAGGAAUAAAGCUCAGCAAUAAUUAA